AUGCUUGUGUUGACAUGUUCUGCUGCACAGCGUUUGGAGAACGUUUCUCAAAGCAGCCUUGAUGAAUACAGCCUGAAGCAAAUGAGUGACCGUGUGGACAGCAGGAGGCAGACAGCUGCUGAGGGUGGAGAGCAGAGUCUCUUUGGAACUACUGGAGACACUCAGGACCCCCCAGGCCAAGAUGUCUACACGCCAUAUUUCGUCUACGUGUUGGCAUUUUUCUCUGCCCUGGGAGGUUUCCUCUUUGGGUAUGACACUGGAGUGGUUUCUGGGGCCAUGCUGCUCCUGAAAAAGGAGAUGAACCUCAAUGCUCUGUGGCAGGAGCUGCUGGUUUCCAGCACUGUUGGGGCGGCAGCACUCUCUGCCCUCGGUGGGGGCUCCUUGAAUGGCUGGCUGGGACGCAGGAUUUGUAUUCUUGUGGCCAGCUUCAUCUUCAGUGUCGGUGGAGUUGUACUGAGUAUUGCCCAGGACAAAAUGGUCCUUCUUGCUGGCAGAAUCAUAGUGGGUUUGGGUAUCGGCAUUGCUUCCAUGACAGUCCCUGUAUACAUCGCAGAAGUUUCUCCCCCUCACCUGAGAGGCCAGUUAGUCACGAUCAAUGCCCUCUUCAUCACUGGUGGCCAGUUUGUUGCCAGCAUAGUUGACGGGGUCUUCAGUUACUUGAGCCACAAUGGAUGGAGGUACAUGUUAGGCUUGUCCAUCGUACCUGCAGUGCUGCAGUUCUUUGGCUUCAUCUUCCUGCCAGAAAGCCCACGCUGGCUCUUGCAGAAGGGCCGGAGCGAAGAGGCAUGUCAUGUUCUCAGCCAGAUCCGAGGGGACCAAAACAUCGAUGAGGAGUAUGAUGUCAUCAAAGCCAGCAUCGAGGAGGAGGAGCGAGACUCGGGGACAGGAGGAGUUGUUCUUUUACGCAUCCUCCGCCACGGUCCAACUCGACGGGCUCUUGUUAUUGGUUGUGGCCUCCAGAUGUUUCAGCAGCUGUCUGGCAUCAACACGGUUAUGUACUACAGUGCAACCAUCCUCCAGAUGGCAGGGGUGCGGGAUGACAAACAAGCGAUCUGGUUGGCUGCAGCAACUUCAGCCACCAACUUCGUGUUCACCUUGGUUGGAGUUUGGCUUGUGGAAAGAGUGGGCCGCAGGAAACUGACUCUGGGCAGUCUUUUAGGUACUGGUCUGAGUUUGACUUUGUUGGCAGUCGGGUUCCUGGUGUCUGCCCAGAACUCACCGCCUAUUACCCUCCACCCAGUGGACCCUCACAAUUCAACCUGCAGACUUUAUAGCUCUUGUGACUUCUGCAUGUUGGAUCCAGAUUGUGGGUUUUGUUACCGUGACAACGGAACCGCCGUGUUCGAGUCUUCCUGCGUUCCUGUCAGUCAGGCGUCCACAGAUCAUGCAGCCUGGGGAAGGUGUUCUAAUCGUACAGAAGAAAGUGAUGGCCUAAUUUGGGCUUACAAUUACUGUCCUACGUCCUACUCCUGGAUAGUCCUGGUGGGCCUCAUCCUUUACCUUGCAUCCUUUGCUCCAGGUAUGGGCCCCAUGCCGUGGACAGUGAACUCGGAGAUCUACCCACUCUGGGCACGCAGCACUGGCAACGCCUGCUCAGCUGGUGUCAACUGGAUCUUCAACGUUCUUGUGUCUUUGACUUUCCUUCACGUCGCAGAGUAUUUGACAUAUUAUGGUGCGUUCUUCAUGUACACGGGCCUGGUGGUGUUAGGGCUCCUCUUCGUCUACGGCUGCCUUCCAGAGACCAAAGGUUUACAGCUGGAGGACAUCGAGAACCUGUUCACCGGGCAACUCUGCUUUUGUGGAGGCUCCGCCCCCAACGACAAACGCUACGCUCACUACGUUCGGGUAAAAGGCAGCAACUACCUCCAUUCUGACAACAGUGCCUCUGAUGUAGAGUAG